ACUCCUUCGUCAACACCAGCGAAGAAAAGCCGGUGACUUCCACAUUCACCCGGUUGAUUUCUUCUCGCCGGAGCUUUCUCCACCUCCUUCUGAACAUGUCUUCCGAUGGAGAUAACAACAACAUCUCCACGCCGGUGGCGGUGGCGUCUUGCGUCGCUAUGGCACUGUCCUACGUCUUGAUCCUCUACGCUCCCACCGUGAUCCUCCGCCUCCCGUCGCCUUCUUCCUUCUCUCACUUCAUGAUUCGCCGAUUCAUCUGCGCAGCCAUCUCAACCACCGCGUCUCUCCUAUUCACAGCUUUUAUACUACUCCCUAUAAAAAGCUGGGAGGCCUCUGUCAUACUUGGAGCUUUUGGGAUAAGGAAAGAUCAUCUUUGGCAAGGAGUGGUGUAUCCUCUUCUGUUGACCUCGCUCAUCUACGCUGGAUCUUUGGUCUUGAACUUGGUAUCACUCAUCGAAUCAUGCAAAGAAAGUGGUGGAGGUUUUAGUAAAGUCUUAACCUUUGUCCAAGCAAUCCCUGCUUGCAUCCUGAUGUGUGCUUCUGAUGUUUCCUUUUUGCGCAAUCUUGUUGUGGCACCGUUAACUGAGGAGCUGGUUUUCAGGGCAUGUAUGGUACCUUUGCUUCUCUGUGCUGGAUUCAGGAGUUACAGCGCUAUCUUUCUCUGCCCAAUUCUCUUUAGCUUAGCCCACUUGAAUCAUUUUAGAGAAACGUACAUCAGGCACAACCGCAGCUAUAUCAAGGCCUCACUGAUUGUUGGUCUUCAGCUUGGCUACACUGUCGUUUUUGGUGCAUUUGCAUCAUUUCUCUUCAUCAGAACCGGACAUCUCGCUGCUCCACUCUUUGCUCAUAUAUUCUGCAAUUACAUGGGGUUGCCUGUGGUGAUACACUCACGUGGAAAAGGUUUGGUGAGUUUAGCUGCCUUGGUCGGUGUGAUUGGCUUCGUCACACUUCUCUUUCCUUUAACAGAGCCUCUCAUGUACAACGAUAGAACCAACAAUUGUCCGUGUUGGCUUGCCUAUUGUUUGUGGAAAUGAACCCUUUUUUUCCAUUUUCCACUGAUCAUGUUUUUUUUUUUUUUGUCAACUCCACUGAUCAUAUCUUAUUUUUGUGUUUUUAACAGAUUGUGGUCCGUUUAUCAAGUUGCUUUUGACAGACGUUGUUUAUAAAAAAAGUUAUUCUUAGGUUCA